GCGAAUGUACAAGUGGAAUCUUCCGUCCCAGGUACUUUUUGGCCUCGACAAUUCCCAUCUUGACACCUUAUCGCAGUCACCACGUCACCGACGUGGAAUGGCCCUCGACUCUCCAAGAUUCUAGUCGUUCUUUACUUGAUCUUACUUGGUUCUCUCUUAAUCUACCUUGUUACGGACACUGUUUCUACUCCAACACACAGCAACAGAGUUCACCAUGUGGUUCAAGAAGGGAGCCUUGCUGGCUCUCUUAACACUUGCGCAAUUUGCGCUCGGUAUUGAGGAUUACUACAAGGUCCUCGGUAUCAACAAGCAAGCGUCCGACAAGCAGAUCAAGUCGGCCUACCGCCAGCUCUCCAAGAAAUACCAUCCCGACAAGAACCCAGGCGACUCAACAGCCCACGACAAGUUCGUCGAAGUCUCGGAAGCCUACGAAGCCCUCAUCGACCCCGAAUCCCGCAAGAUCUACGACCAAUACGGUCACGAAGGCCUCAAGCAGCGCCAGCAAGGCGGCGGCCAACAACAUCACGACCCCUUCGAUCUCUUCUCCCGCUUCUUCGGCGGCGGCGGCCACUUUGGCAACCAGCCUGGCCAGCGACGCGGUCCCAACGUCGAGCUCAAGGUCGGCAUCUCCCUCAGCGACUUCUACAACGGGCGCACGACCGAGUUUCAAUGGGACAAGCAACAGAUUUGCGAGGAGUGCGAGGGCACGGGAGCGGCGGAUAAGCAUGUUGAUACCUGCGAUGCCUGUGGUGGACACGGUAUUCGGAUUGUUAGACACCAGCUGGCGCCGGGCAUGAUCCAGCAGAUGCAGGUGCAGUGCGAUAAGUGCGGUGGACGGGGCAAGAGCAUAAAGCACAAGUGCCCCGUGUGCCAGGGCACGAGGGUGGUGCGGAAGAUGACUACGGUUGGACUGAAUGUUGAGCGUGGUAUGGCCGAAGGGUCAAGGAUCGUAUACGAGAACGAGGCGGAUGAGAGCCCGGAUUACGUUGCCGGUGAUUUGAUCGUUACGGUCGUGGAGAAGGAGCCAAGUCUGAACCCUGAGGAAGACAACCCGGAUCAUCUCGACGGUAUCUUCUUUAGGAGGAAGGGCGACGAUUUGUUCUGGAAAGAGAUUAUCAGCCUCAGGGAGGCCUGGAUGGGUGACUGGACGAGAAACAUUACACAUCUUGAUGGACAUGUGGUUAGGCUGGGGAGGAAACGCGGCGAGGUUGUGCAGCCAGGUCAUGUCGAUACGAUACCAGGCGAGGGCAUGCCCAAGUGGCAUGAAGACGGAGACAGCGUUUACCACAAGACGGAGUACGGAAACCUUUACGUCGAGUAUACAGUGGUACUACCAGACCAAAUGGAAAGCGGCAUGGAGAAGGAGUUCUGGGCGUUAUGGGAGAAGUGGAGGGGAAAGAUUGGAGUUGAUCUACACAAGGACAGUGGGAGGCCUGAGCAGCCAGUGAUUCAUGAUCAUGAUCAUGAGGGGCACGAGCAUGAGGAGUUAUAGAGGAGGCGGGUUGAUUUUAUACAAGGGUUAUGGACCGACUACAUGAUACACGUUAAUAGAGAUCUAAUGCCACAGGCUUCGACUUGAGCUUGUACUCAAUGGAUGUCUGAUGUUUUGAAAUGCCAACAAUCCAUUAUUUACCUCUAGACUCUUCAGGUUAAGCAAUGCGCAUAUUACAUUCGCCUGCAAGACAUUGAUCGAUGCGAUGAAAGGAGUGCCAUCUUGUCAUUAAACGUAACGUCAACAUCUGGCCAAGAACGCACCACUUUAAGUUUUACUGGCAUGAUGUCCGGUGCGUAUCAAAUCA